CAGUGAAUGUGCUGAUAUGUGGCGUGCAAUGGAACGGGAAAAAUCUAUUCAAUAUUUUUGUAAUGCGAUGUGGGCGGAUGACAGAAUUGUUUACAUGAAAUAUGUUAAGGUCCGUAGCGCUGUUACGUAGAUGUUACGCAAACAAGAGUUUAGGGCCGACCUCUGCUGCUCCUGAUGUAACUUCCCCUCUCAGUGAUAGGAAUUAUUAUUUUCUAUUUCUUUAAUCCUUUCAAAAUACUUAGACAUCCCAUAAGUGUGCUUUGGCCCAAAUUAUGCCUUGAGAGCUUGAUUCAAUCUUUAUUAUACAUACGUAUAUGUUAAUGCAUAUGCAUUUCAGAUUCUAUUAAGACUCAAAAACUUCCUUUGAAUCUCAUUUCCAGUUGCCGACAUGCCCAAGGAGGAUAUCUUGCAUCAUCUAGAUACUUGUACGGACUUCAUAAGAGAGGCUUUGGCUCAAAAUGGGAAUGUGCUCGUACACUGUUAUUUCGGCGUCAGUCGCAGUUCCGCAGCAGUCAUAGCUUUCAUUAUGAAACAACACGAUGUAGAGUAUCAAGCUGCUUUUGAUUUGGUACGCUCGAAACGUCGCUUCGUGCAGCCUAAUCCGGGUUUCGUGUCGCAGCUGAAGCUCUAUCGCCGCAUGGGCUGCAAAAUCGACGCACAAUAUCAGCGUUACAAACUCUAUCGUCUACGUUUGGCUGGUGAACAAGUUCGUAAAGCCAAAAUAUUGCCACAAUCCUUCAAUAGUCUGAUUAAGUCGGAUCCGGCCGUCACGCAAGAGAAUCCAGAACCCAUUGUCUAUCGUUGUCGCAAAUGCCGGCGCGUCUUGGCUUCCAAAUCACACGUGCUACUCCACAAUAAUAAAUCGCUUGCUGCAUCAGCUACCGCAAACAAUGGACUGCCCCCAAUGUCAAGCAAUGCCAACACAGAUGCACAGCAAGCGCCUCGGUUGCUCGAACAGAUCGCCGCUCAAAUACGCAAGGCUUCACUGAACUCACCCACCGGCGCUGGUGCUGCCGAUGCUGCCAAGGAGCAGCAGCCGGCCGUUUGUCGCGAUAUAGUGUUUGUGGAACCGAUCUCCUGGAUGCGUAACAUCUCACACAACACACAAGGCCGCUUGCACUGUCCGAAAUGCGAGCAGAAGGUGGGUAAUUUCAGCUGGAUCAACGGCUGUCAGUGCCCAUGCGGCGAGGAAGUAUCGCCGGCCUUCUAUUUGAUACCAUCGCGCGUGGAACUAUCCAAAGCCGUGCAGAACGUACAAACCACACUUUAGAUUAGUUACCGAGUAGGUAGACUGCCCCACUGGUAAAAUGUUGAGCAUUUAUUCUCAAAAGUAUUACUAAUUGGAUAUAUAAAAUAUUAAAAAAUAAACUAAAUAUGAAAUCAAAGUUUACAAUCUUGAUGUGAAAUUAAAAUGCUUCCAUUGUAUGUAAACCGAGACUCAAAUUAAAUAAGAUACUUGUUCUUAAUAAAUCACAUCUCUUAGCUAAUAUAUCAAAAUUUUGCAAAUCGCUUAGGUACAUAAAAAAUAUAUUUAAAAAAAUGUUGAAUGUUUGUAGCGGCUUUUUCAAGAUUAAAAGAACAAGGAAGUAACUUAAAAGAACUUAACUUAAAACGUUAAAGAAUAAGGGUUUCAGAAGAGCCAAGUGAUUUUCAAAAAAGUUUAAUAUGCAAAAAUUGUCUCUGUGUUUUCAAAAGAAAAUACAAAAUAUAGUCUGAGUUUUCAAAAACUUAAAAAAAAAUUAAGCAUGUUUACAACAGAAUAACCAUGGCAUAAUUUCGAAAGAGGACAUAAUGCUGACCAUUUUCCCUGAAAGGUUAAGGUUACGGUGUAUUUGUACUGCGACAAAAGUAGUUUAAAGAGUUAGGGCUUAGAUGUUUAAGGAAAAACUUUUUUAUUUUAAAAAUAUAUGUAUGAAAUAUACUUGCACUUUAACCCAGCAACAUCCCACAUAACCUUUUCUUCAAACAGUACAAAUACUAAGUAAAAUAUUUCAUACGAUGUCUUCGGGAAAAAUAAUCCUUAUCAAAAUAUAAGGGUGGGUUUGUAAACCGCACAAUUCUCGCGGUCCCUUCAAUUACACACGAAAGAAUACAUUCCAAAAAAAAUGCAAAGCAUCAGUCUAUUUUAUUUCUAAAUCUCUGUAGAUUGCAAUGCCAAAUGUGCUUAGCUACGGUUAGAUGCUAGUUUUCAACUAGGUUGCGCAAUCUUCUGGUGCGGUUUAGAAAUAAGAGACUGAUGCUUUGUAUUUUGGCGUUUUGGAGUGCACCCAAAUUAUGAAAAACAACAACUUCAAAAAUUU